GUUUCUAUUUACACGAGGUUUUGGAUUAAAGAUAGAUGAAUUUCCUGUUUUCAUUUGUGUCUGUGUCGACGUAGCAGUUUUCUUGAUUCAUUUCCUUUUCCUUUUCGUUAAUGCUAUCUCUGUAAUCGGUUCAUUAUUUCUCUCAAACCCAAUAUCUGUUUAUGCUUUGAAUUCAUCUCCACUUUCCAGUCUUCCAUAUCCCGCGUGCUUCAUUCCAUGCAGAUUUUCGUGAGAAUAAGAAGAUUACAGUUCCUCUAAUUGAAGAAGAUUAGGAAUUUCUUUGAUUUGAAUCUUCCAGAUGCCUUUUCCGUUGGUUAUCAACUUUUGGCAUCAAGUAGUGAAGAAUUUUUCUCAAUGCAAGGACUUUUUUCUCUGCACAGUCCAUAAUGACUCUCUCAGAAUUAUCUUUGCUGCGCACAAAUGGAAUUAUUAGUUGAUGAAUUGAUGUAAUUUUAACCCCUUUGGGUGGUAUGACGUGUAAAGCAUCUUAUUUAAGUGAUUAGAAGGUGCAGGAUGCUUGAUGGACUAAUAGGAAGUUAGAUUGGGCUGAAAGUAGAUUGCAUUCGCGGCUCUAUUCUUUGGCGUGAAUAGUGGUAACAAAAUGGAAAAGGAAUCAAAGGGCUCUUGUGUAAGAGAGUUCAUCAGGGAAAAAGUCCCAGACUGGGAUGACGAAGUGGUGGCUACAGCCCGGUUUAAGGCAUUUAGUGGGCAGAAAUCUGAUUGGGAACCCAGGUACUUAUUUUGGAGAGAUUUGAUACUCACAGUUGCCCGUCAAUUCAACUUCCUUAUUAUAAAACCUUCUGAAAUAAAGAAUCAAUGGUUUUAUCGAGGAGGGUUGACUCCAUUGUGCCUUGACCAUGUUCUGCAUCUAAUGUAUACUGGGGGGGACAUCAUAAGACGUAGUGACAUGCUGGAUCCAAGGAGUGGCCAACUCUCCUACAUGUUUAAAAAAUUAAGCAAUUUGAUGGGUACAUCUAAAAAGAAUCCUGACAGUUUGCUUCGUGAUGAUUAUAUAGUUCUUGCCUGUGUAUUACAGGAUAGAGCAGCUGAAGUUAUCAAGUGUUUAUCUCUUAGUAGUUGGACCUCGUCUUGUAUUAUUACAAUGGUGAAGUUCCAAAACAUCUGUGGAGGACCUGAUGAAGCAACUGUUAUCUUGAGUUACUUGAUUGAGUGUGGUAAAGCAAAAUUUCUCUCCAAGGAAAAAAAGGAACUUUUAGAGGGUGUGAAGGUCUCUCUUUCAGCAACGACAGUUCCUGGAAUCACAUCUCUCGAUUAUGAUAUUUUGCACUUAGUUUGGACAGCAGAAAAGCUUCAGCAACAACUUGAUGUGAUUGACCAGCGCUAUGAUGUGUCGAAACAAUCCGCAUUAGUUUCUUUGAAGUCUGGAAACAGAAAAACCGCAUUGAAACAUGCGAGAGAGUUGAAGAUCACCACAGAAAGUCGGGAAAAAGUUGCAUCUCUCUUCAACAGAGUGGAGGAAGUCCUUAAUGCUAUUGCAGACGCCGAAUUGACAAAAACAGUUUCUGAGGCUAUUCAAAUUGGUGCUCGAGUAAUGAAAGAACACGAGGUUAAUUGGGAUCAACUCCAGGAUAGUUUGCAGGAACUAGAAGCAAGCGUUGAUAUACAAAAGCAAGUUGCAAAUGCUAUAGAUUCAGUUCCAUCUUCCUCAAUCCCGGAUGAUGAAGAUAUUGAGGAGGAGUUUAAGAAGCUUGAGUUGGAAUUAACAGCAGGCCAAAUCCUGGAUGCAUCGACAUCAGAAUCUGGGGUUAAUAUUGCAACUGGUGAAACAGUGGCUGCAGUUUGUGACGAUUCAUUAAGCACUGCGUUAUCAAAUCUAAAGCUAGUUGAAGAGACAGAAAAGGAGAAUGGGAACUCAUCGCAUUCUAAGAGGAAGUCGAAAAUCAUGGAGGUUGGGAUAUCUUAGGUGCAUUCUCAUGUAGCAGUUUGGAAUGGGCAUGCCAGCCCAAUGUAACCUUUUCUUCUGGUUGCCCUCAGUACUUCGACGGUUAAGGUUAGUGAAAUUGAUUUACAAAUUCGCUGCUCUGCCAGCUAUUGUAUAACUGUUAUUGGUAUUAAUUUGAAGAUGAAAAUGUGCCAUUAGAAUAUGAUCUUGAGAUAUCGAGAUUGUUGUAUAAACUUCAAAGCGUGAUUGGUUUCA